GUCUGCCAUGUUCUACUAGGGCUCAUUACGCUUGUGAACUUUAGGAGACCUCCACCUGGGUGCACCACAUCUUUUGUAUUUGUCCUGGACCGGCACCGUGCAUUAGCCUACCUCGCUUAUUUCUUAUAACAUUGCGAAAGCAUGGAAUCAUUCACAGAGGACCACUCCAAGGCGCUCCUCGCCAAAGAAUGGUUGGUCAAAGUUGACUCGCAGACUUCUACGCCUUAUCUUUUUAAAUUUUCCUCCUCUUCAGUCGAUCUAACGGCUUGCAUACUCGUCACUGACACCAAGACCGCGUGGGCCGAGGUCUUAACGAGCAAUCAAUUUGCCCGGCGGUGGCGCAUGUGUAACAAGCUCUCCAUUUCUCCUCUCCCGGAUACGGAUGAAGAAUCUUGGCGAGACCGUCACCUAACGCUCUUAGGCUGCGCGCACUCACUUGGUGGCUUUCUGGAGCUCACGUUGGAGCUAGAAAAACCUACCUUGGGGGAUUUGGCGCUCGAGCUGAAUUGCAACAACUGGAAGUGGCGGUGGGAGCCCACCUUUCUCGGACCAAAAGUAUCCGCCGAGAUCAUAUCAAAACACCUCAUCAUGCCCCUGAUAAGUGUUAAUCACCUCGCGUUCUCGUCCUCCGAUGUUUUGGGUGAUCUCGUGCCGGGAGAUCUCGAGAAGGCAACAGAUAAAGUUGGACGUACCGCGAGGAGGACGGUCGACACACAUCUCAGGAACGCGCUAUCAAAGCCACGCGUGGCGACGACCAUUCGGCGUAUGACAGCCAUGUUCAACUUCUUACCUGAACUUCCUGUGAUAAUUACUGACGCGGGCACUCCGGACCUUCGCGCACCCACGGCAGAUAAAAUUUCGUCGCCCAAAAUAACAGCCCGAUAUUCAGAACAUAAACCACAUAAUUACGAUAUGGACCCUCUGAAAGAGCCCACGCCACCUAAAAUGCCACAGCAGGAAGAUUCUGCCACCGAGUCUGAGUCUGAAGGGGCUGCGCCAAAGCAGCGGACCGUACUCGCCUCUCCCACCCCCAGCCAGCUCCGCGUCUCAGGGCGGCCUCCUUCGGCUAGCCUGUCUAAGGACGCCUCCCCGGCCCUCCCCGGCCGCAGCCGCAGUCGGACAGAAGCCCCCGUAUCAGAGUCCGACUCCUCGCUCGUGCGUCCAAAUAAGAAGCUCAAGUAUCCUGAGGGUUCAGAUAACGACGAUAGCGAGGAAGAGCGCAAACGACGCGCAGCAGCAAUCAAGAGCGGAGCUGCCGCUAAGCGAGGGACAAGGCAACCGCUGAAACGAGGAGGCAAGCGUUUCUAGUCCCCGUCCUCGUUUUUAUUUCAGGUCACCGAGAAGCCGGACAUGCCAAUGGGUAGAUGGUCUCCCUCGUCGGUGGCGGACUGACCGUAGGACUGAUUAUUGGUAUUUCGGAUACCCUGAACACUUCUUCGCUCUUAUUUCGUAGUGAGUACGGUUCUAAUGACAAAUUCUUAAUAUGUUUCUCCAGGCCCCUUAGCAGUCAAGUGUCCGAGUGGGGAU